ACUUCAAUUGUCAGAAUGGCGUCGCUGCUCGCUCAAACAACAUCGCGCCUUGGCGCUCGCCCAGCUGCGCAAGCUGGCCCUGUCGCCCAAAUGGCACCGAUGGCAAGCCGAGUGCAGCCGGCGAUGCCUAGCGCGCUGCUCCCACUGCACGCCAGAGCGACAACAACUUCAGUCGCUUGCCGGGCAGCCAGCAUCGACAAACCUGUCGUUUACACUCCUCGAGAUUCGUCGCAACAGUCCUCCAAUGGGGCAGGAGAAGUGUCCAUGUCCAUAUCAUCCAUGGACGAGGUUGGACCCUCUUAUGAGGGAAUCAUUACAGACGCGCCUACACGACCAACGGGGCUUUAUGUGCGGGUGCGCAACAUGGUGAAGCACUUCAGCACCGCCAAAGGCCUGUUCAGGGCGGUGGACGGCGUGGACGUGGACAUCGAGCCCAGCUCCAUCGUGGCGCUGCUGGGGCCCAGCGGCAGCGGCAAGACCACAUUGCUGCGCCUCAUUGCAGGCCUGGAGCAGCCCACGGGCGGCAACAUCUACUUUGACGACACGGACGCGACCAACCUGUCCGUCCAGGACCGCCAGAUCGGCUUCGUGUUCCAGAGCUAUGCGCUGUUCAACCACAAGACAGUUGCGGAGAACAUCAAGUUUGGACUGGAGGUGCGCAAGCUCAACAUCGACCACGACAAGCGCGUGGCGGAGCUGCUGGCGCUGGUGCAGCUCACCGGCCUGGGCGACCGCUACCCGCGCCAACUGUCGGGCGGCCAGCGGCAGCGUGUGGCGCUGGCGCGCGCCCUGGCCUCCAACCCGCGGCUGCUGCUGCUGGACGAGCCCUUUGGCGCGCUGGACGCGGUGGUGCGCAAGCAGCUGCGCACGGGGCUGCGCGAGAUCGUGCGCAGCGUGGGCGUGACCACCAUCAUUGUGACGCACGACCAGGAGGAGGCGUUCGACCUGGCGGACAAGGUGGUGGUGUUCAACAGGGGCCUGGUGGAGCAGCAGGGCAGCCCCACCGAGAUCAUCAAGCGGCCGCGCACGCCCUUCAUUAUGAAGUUCGUGGGCGAGACCAACGUGGUGCCGGCCACGUCGCUGCUGGCCAAGCGCAUGCGCUUCAACACCUCCAAGACCAGCGUCAUGUUCCGGCCGCACGACAUUAAGCUGUUCAAGACGGUGCCGCCGGAGAGCGGCGAGGGCGCGCUGACCACGGUGGGCGCCAACGUGGCGGACAAAGCCAACCUGGGCUGGGUGGUCAAGUACACGCUGCGCUUCGAUGACGACGUGGAGUGCGAGCUGCAGCUCAGCCGCGACCAGGACGAGCGCGAGUACAACCUGGUGGUGGGCAGCCGCGUGUUCGUGCACGUGCCGCACCGCACCAUGAUGGGCUUCAACGCCAGCGACGUGGACAGCACGCCCAUCGUGUAAUGUGCGGGGUUGGCGGCUGUGGCCAGCGAUUGUUGCAAUGCAGUCCAGCGUGCUCUUGGUUUGGUUCCAGUGACACCCAUCCAGGGCACAGGUCCCUGAGCAGCGGGUGUUGGUGAUGGGUUGGAGCAGUUGUACCCGAUUCUCGCAUGCAAGGGGGCGGGGCGCCCACGGGGUGGGAGAGCGGAAUGGCGGUGAGGUGGGCUACUGCAUGCGGCCGUGGAGGAACGGAGGGGUGCACAGGCGGGCAGGUAGACAGGCGGAGCGGGCUGGGUGAGCGGGGCUGUAGUUUGGGGGUGGAGGCCGUGCAGACUGGUUGGGAUACUGACAGAUCAAUGAGCGGCGUCUGCUCCAUGGGUCAGUAGGAGAGCGGUGUGGGUGUGUGCAGUUGCGAGUUCUGGAGCGUUGUGCGCCUCGCGCUGUGUGCGCGCGCCCGUGCGUCUGCGGGCGCUGUCGGAGACGGGCGAUGUACAUGAAGCUGGACCUGGGCCUGUCUCACAAAUAUCCCUUAUGUUAAUAGUAGGAUGUCGCAAUCGUGCCUUGGAGCCCACCUGAUGUGUGUGUCACAGGUGGCAGUAGUUUGGCCUUGCGGGAGGUAGCACGUCUUUCAUGAGAGUGCGUGUGCGUGACCGCUUUUACAUUGCCAAUCACGCUGGAAGGUGAAACCAUGCAUCAUGCGUGCUAUCAGGAGAUGCAGACGGCGGAUUGCUGCCAAAAUGUUCUGUUGUUGGUGUGCAGACUUGGUGGCGAAGGGGCCAGGCGCCCAGGGGUAUGCUGCGUGCCAAGGAGCUGCUGCCGCCACGAGUGACCAGCGAAACUUGUAAAUUGAAUAUUGU